GCUGCGGGGAAGGAUGGAUCGGCACCGGCCGCGGCUGCACCACCCGAAGCAGGGCUCCGCCGCCGGGGCCCCCUACCCAGCCUCUGCUUCGCUCCGGAGCUGCCGCGAAAGCAAGAUGCCGCGCAGGAAGGGCCCCCAGCACCCUCCGCCCGGCGCGGCAGAGGAGCCUGGAGAGAAACGCCCCAAGUUUCAUUUAAAUAUUAAGACACUGACGGAUGAUAUGCUGGACAAAUUUGCCAGCAUAAGAAUUCCAGGGAGCAAGAAGGAGAGACCUCCGCUUUCCAACCUGAAGACUGCGUUUGCAAGCAAUGAUUGCUCUUCCGAGGUGAUGGAAAAUAUUCCAAAGCCACUGUCACAGAAUGAAGUCUUAGAACUUUUUGAAAAGAUGAUGGAAGAUAUGAAUUUAAAUGAAGAUAAAAAGGCACCAUUGCGGGAAAAGGACUUCAGCAUCAAAAAAGAAAUGGUGAUGCAGUACAUUAAUACUGCUUCCAAGACAGGAAGUCUUAAGAGUCGGCGACAGAUCACACCUCAGGAAUUCAUCCAUGAACUGAAAAUGGGGUGUGCAGAUGAGAGACUUGUCACGUGCCUGGAGUCCCUCCGCGUGUCUUUGACUAGUAAUCCUGUGAGUUGGGUGCAAAGCUUUGGACACGAGGGACUUGGAUUAUUACUGGACAUUUUGGAAAGACUGAUUACUGGCAAAAUACAAGAAAAAAUUGUAAAGAAGAAUCAGCAUAAAGUUAUACAGUGUCUAAAGGCUUUGAUGAAUACACAGUAUGGCUUGGAAAGAAUUAUGAGUGAAGAGAGGAGUCUUUCUCUAUUAGCCAAAGCCAUCGAUCCCGAGCACCCAAGUAUGAUGACAGAUGUGGUGAAACUCCUGUCUGCGGUAUGCAUUGUAGGAGAGGAAAGCAUCCUUGAAGAGGUUUUAGAAGCUUUAACAUCAGCUGGAGAAGAAAGAAAAAUUGACAGAUUUUCACCUAUUGUGGAAGGACUCCGACAUGAUUCAGUUCAACUGCAAGUAGCGUGUAUGCAGCUCAUCAAUGCCCUUGUUACAUCUCCUGAUGAUUUGGACUUCAGGCUUCACAUCAGAAAUGAAUUUAUGCGUUGUGGAUUGAAAGACAUCUUGCCAAAUUUAAAACGUAUGAGGAAUGAUGGCCUGGAUAUCCAGCUUAAAGUGUUUGAUGAGCAUAAGGAAGAAGAUUUGCUUGAGUUCUCUCAUCGCCUCGAUGAUAUUAGAGCUGAACUUGAUGAAGCAUAUGAUAUUUACAACAUGGUGUGGAACUCAGUUAAGGAAACUAGAGCAGAAGGAUAUUUCAUUUCUAUUCUUCAGCAUCUUUUGCUGAUUCGAAAUGAUUAUUUUAUAAGGCAACGAUACUUCAAAUUAAUUGAUGAGUGUAUAUCUCAGAUUGUAUUGCAUAGAGAUGGGAUGGAUCCAGACUUCACAUAUCGAAAAAGACUAGAUUUAGAUUUAAGUCACUUUGUCGAUACUUGCAUAGACCAAGCCAAACUAGAAGAGUUUGAAGAGAAAGCAUUGGAACUUCACAAGAAAUUUGAAAAAGAGUUUACUGACCACCAAGAAACUCAGGCCCAAUUGCAGAAAAAAGAAGCAGAGAUUAAUGAACUUCAAGCAGAGUUACAAGCUUUUAAGUCACAGUUUGGUGCCUUGCCAUCUGGUACAAAUAACGCUUUGCCGCUGUCCAAAGAAAAUGGAGCUGGCCCCCCAGCACUGGCUCCUCCCCCGCCACUGCCGUUCUGUGGAGGUGGGCUGCCUCCACCCCCUCCACCUCCUCCUCCUCCACUUCCAGGAAUGCCAAUGCCCUUUGGUGGUCCUGUGCCCCCACCACCUCCCCUGGGAUUUCUCAAUGGGCGAAACUCUCCUCCUCCACCAACCCUACCAUUUGGAUUAAAACCAAAGAAAGAAUUUAAACCUGAAACCAACAUGAGAAGAUUGAAUUGGUUAAAGAUCAGACCUCACGAAAUGACUGAAAACUGUUUCUGGAUAAAAGUAAAUGAAAAUAAGUAUGAAAAUGUGGAUUUGCUUUGUAAACUUGAGAAUACAUUUUGUUGCCAACAAAAAGAGAGAAGAGAAGAGGAAGAUUUUGAAGAGAAGAAAGCUAUCAAGAAAAAAAUUAAGGAGCUUAAAUUUUUAGACUCUAAAAUUGCCCAGAACCUUUCAAUCUUCCUGAGCUCUUUUCGGGUACCAUAUGAGGAAAUCAAAAUGAUGAUAUUGGAAGUGGAUGAAACACAGUUGGCAGAGUCUAUGAUUCAGAACCUAAUAAAACAUCUUCCUGAUCAAGAACAGUUAAGUUCAUUGUCUCAGUUCAAGAAUGACUAUAACAACUUAUGUGAACCCGAGCAGUUUGCUGUUGUGAUGAGCAAUGUGAAGAGACUGCGGCCACGGCUCAGUGCUAUUCUCUUUAAGCUGCAGUUUGAAGAGCAGGUGAACAACAUCAAACCUGACAUCAUGGCUGUCAGUACUGCCUGCGAGGAGAUAAAGCAGAGCAGAAGCUUCAGCAAGUUGCUGGAACUUGUGUUGCUGAUGGGAAACUACAUGAACGCUGGCUCCCGGAAUGCUCAAACCUUCGGAUUUAACCUUAGCUCUCUCUGUAAACUAAAAGACACAAAAUCAGCAGAUCAGAAAACAACACUACUUCAUUUUCUGGUGGAAGUAUGUGAAGAAAAGUACCCUGAUAUCCUGAAUUUUGUGGAUGAUUUGGAACAUUUAGACAAAGCCAGUAAAGUCUCUGUAGAAACGCUGGAAAAGAAUUUGAAGCAGAUGGGAAGGCAGCUUCAACAGCUUGAGAAAGAUUUGGAAACCUUUCCCCCUCCUGAGGACUUGCAUGAUAAGUUUGUGACAAAGAUGUCCAGCUUUGUUAUCACUGCAAAAGAACAAUACGAGAAGCUUUUAAAGUUACAUGAAAAGAUGGAGAAGUUAUACCAGAGUCUGAUGGGAUACUAUGCCAUUGAUGUGAAGAAGAUGUCCGUGGAAGACUUUUUUAAUGACUUAAAUAACUUCAGAACCACAUUCAUGCAAGCAAGAAAGGAGAACAUCAAAAAAAGAGAGGCAGAGGAAAGGGAAAAACGUGCUCAAAUAGCCAAAGAAUUGGCAGAGAAAGAAAGACUUGAACGCCAACAAAAGAAAAAACGCUUAUUAGAAAUGAAGACUGAGGGUGAUGAGACAGGAGUGAUGGAUAGUCUGCUGGAGGCUUUGCAGUCGGGGGCUGCCUUCCGCGACCGAAGAAAAAGGACACCAAAGCCAAAAGAUAUUCGGCAAAGUCUCAGUCCCAUGUCUCAGAGGCCUGUUCUGAAAGUUUGUAACCAUGAAAACCAGAAAGUGCAUUUGACAGAAGGAUCACGUUCACACUACAAUAUCAAUUGCAACUCAACAAGGACUCCAGUCGCCAAGGAGCUUAAUUAUAAUCUAGACACUCAUACAUCUACGGGGAGGAUCAAGGCAGUUGAGAAGAAGGAAGCCUGUAAUGUAGAAAGCAACAGAAAAAAGGAAAUGGAACUUCUUGGCUCUGUUUCUAAAAACGAAUCUGUUCCUGAAGUUGAAGCCCUGCUGGCAAGAUUACGAGCUUUAUAAAUUAAACUGGUAAAAAAUGAUUAAGCCAAAUAUAAAACCAUGCUCUAAGCGAUACCACUUGAAAAAAAUUGCUUUUUAUAUAGGUAACUUUAUAUAGCUUAAAUUAUGGCCUAUAUUAGAAAAAUAAAGCUAAAUAACAUGAUUGCAGUGCUUUUUCUAUGUACUUGAGGUCUUGGCGUAUUCAAGAUGGUAAUGGGUUUUAAUGCUUUUCUUGUCUCCUGGUAUUCAUGUGUUCUAUAUUUGGUGGUGAAAUUAUACAUAAUGCUUUAGAAAACAGGUAGGUAGCCAUGUGUUCAGCAAUGUGUCCUGAAGAAAAUACCAUUUUUCUAAGUCACCGUAGUUUUUACUGUACUGUUUUCAGCAUUAAUGAAUCUCAAAUCAUCGGUGUUAACUCUUGAUAUAUAUACAUACAUGUAUGUACAUAUAUGUAUAUACAUAUCCCAUGCAUGUUGUUUAUAUGGGUCCAAGUUUCUCUUUCAUUGGAUCUUCAAGCUAUCAACGUAACAUCAGAAACAUAAAAUGGAAUGUA